GCUGGUACUCACUGUGUGCCUCCUGGAUAGCAGACCACAUCUUGUUUUGGGGACUGGCAUUUACCUACCAUUUCAUCCUCUGCCUCUGCACAUCACAUGAGCAGAGAACUUUUUGUGCUCACAUAUGGUGCUUUGGUAGCCCAGCUGUGUAAGGACUAUGAAAAAGAUGAAGAUGUCAACAAUUGUUUAGAUAGAAUGGGGUAUGGCAUUGGCAUAAGACUGAUUGAAGAUUUUUUAGCUCGUUCAGCUGUGAAGAAAUGCCGUAGCUAUUCUGAAACUGCAGACAUGAUUGCACAGGUUGCCUUCAAAAUGUACCUUGGGGUCACCCCCAGGGUGAGAUGCAGCAGCGCUGCGGGCAAUGAGUUCUCCCUAAUCCUGGACAAGAAUCCGCUAGUGGACUUUGUGGAGGAGCUUCCCGCAGAGCGAGCCUCACUUUGUUAUUGCAACCUCCUCUGUGGGGUGAUUCGAGGUGCCUUGGAGAUGGUUCACUUAGCAGCAGAAGUUACCUUCCUCCAAGACAAGCUGAAGGGUGAUGCUGUGACAGAAAUAGGAAUUGUAUUUUUAAAGAAUACUGAAGACAAAAAGCACAAAACAAAUAAAUGAAAGAAAGACCAGG